UGCCGGCAGCCCAACGUGGAGCUGCAGGGCGAGGGGCAGGCUGAGCUCGGGGAGACGGGAGCCCGAGGCGAAAGGUCGGGAGCUGUGAAAUCCUUGACACAGCGAAGGGCACAGGAGACCUGUGGCUCGGCCACGGGACCGACACUCAGUGACGGCAGGAGCCCAUGACCCCAGACUUGCUUGCUCUCAGACUGAGGGUAUAAAAGCCCGGGGAUUCCUUUCUUUGGGGCACCUUCUUAGAGGUACCCAAGUCAAACUGUUAUUUUGUUAAUUACUCCAUCAAGACUAAAUUAUUUUAAUGAUCCCGAAGACUGAGACCCUGCUAUGGGAAACCUGGGGCUGAGCUGGCAAGGAAACCUGGUCUGGCUGUGAGUGUGUCAGGUGUAGCUGCGAAGGGGCCUCGGUUGCGCGCGGUGUGUGUGACUGCCAGAGCGGCUCCUGGAUGGUUGCACAGAGAAGUUUCCUUAUCACACAGACAGAUGUGUGCAGUGGAAGCAGGUGUCAGAUAUUCAUAUCAGCAAAUUUCGGGAUCCCAAACGAGCUCCUGACUUUGAAAAAUUCUGUUCUGAAACAAUUGAUGUAAUUCAGCCAGCACUUGUUCUAGCAACAGGUGAUCUGACAGAUGCUAAGACAAGAGAUAAACUGGGAUCUGAGCAGGUAGAAGAUGAGUGGAAAACUUAUCAGUCAAUCCUGAAGAGAUCAAGGGUCAUGGAAAAAACCAAGUGGAUAGACAUCAAAGGGAAUCAUGAUUCAUUCAACAUUCCACGCCUGGAUAGUGUUCAGAAUUAUUACAGGAAAUACUCUGCCUGGCGUAAAGAUGGCUCUUUCCAUUAUAUCCACACUACCUCUUUUGGAAACUAUUCAUUCAUCUGCGUGGAUGCCACACUCAGCCCAGGCCCUAAGAGACCCUAUAAUUUUUUUGGGAUUUUAAACACGAAUCAAAUGGCAGAGCUGUCUUUGAUGGCAACAGAAAGUCUACACAGCAACCAUACUAUCUGGUUUGGCCACUACCCCACUUCAACUAUCAUCUCCCCAUCCCCUGGAAUACGAACACUAAUGAGUUCUGCCACAGCCUAUUUAUGUGGACAUCUCCAUACAAUGGGCGGGCUGAUGCCAGUCUUGCACAGUCAACACCGUGGUGGCACUCUGGAGCUUGAAUUGGGAGACUGGAUGGAUAAUAGGAGAUACAGGAUCCUCGCGUUUGAUCAUGACCUCCUCAGCUUCGCAGAUGUUAACUUUGAAGAGUGGCCUGUAGUUCUCAUCACCAAUCCUAAAUCCUUCCUUUACAGCAGUUCUACUCAUGAACCACUAGUCAAAAUUCUUUAUUCCACUCAUAUCAGAAUUCUGGCAUUCUCUCCUUCUGUCAUUAUCUCUGUCAAAGUCUACAUAGAUGGAGUUCACCUGGGGAAUGCACAUCAGGUGUCUGGUCCUCUCUAUGUGCUGAAGUGGAACCCACAAAACUACAGUGAAGGGUUCCAUCACAUAGAUGUGACUGUCCAGGAUGCAUCAGGAAGAACUGGCACACGGGGCCAUUUAUUUGGUAUGGAAGAAAACCUCUCUCUUAGAUUUGACUUCUGGUCAUCUGUUAUUCUUCUCACUGACCACUAUGUUCUAGCUCGAGUGCUCUUUGGACUGACUGUGCUGGUUCAGAUUACCUUGCUUGUUGUUUUCCGACACCUCCAAAAGCCAGCACUCAAAGAAAAGCCGGGAUUACUUACUCUGACUUCAUAUUCUCUUCAUGUCUUCAGUAAAACAAACACCUUCUAUUACUCAAUUCUGGUUCUGAAUUUAUACACCAUUCUGGGACCGUGGUUUGUAGGUGAACUGAUAGAUGGACAGAUGGGGGCCUGUUUUUCCUUUGGAGUGUUUGUUGGUGGUUCCUUCUUACAGGGCAGUAUGACGUUCGUGGUUGGGAUUUUACAGCUGAUGUUUUUCAACCUGCCAUUGAUGGCCUAUCUGUGCUGGUGCCUGCUGCUGCGAUGCCAGGGCCACAGCUUCCGUUCCCACAUCCGGCAUGCCCGACGCCUCGUGGCUGUGCUUGUUCACCUGGCAAUGGCCCUGCUCCUGGCCUGGCAGGUCUAUUCCUGCUACUUCCUGCAGCGAACGUACGGCACCUUGGCGUUCUUCCUCUCCCCAAUGAGAACGUGGCUGGUGGUAUUGACCGCAGCUCUCAUUUAUAAAACCUGGACACUGAAAUCAUCAGAGCUCAGAACUUACAUUAUAGAGAUAAAAAACUGUCAAAGCUCCUGAGUAUAAGUACUCCAAAGUCUGUCUUAAAAACUGUCAAGGUACAACCUUAUCAUUUUGUGAUGCUGGAAUUCCAUACACCCCAACCAUUAGGUGGUAAGACCCAAAGCUGCACCUGCACUGCUACAGAACUGUAUUAAAUAGUAAAUGUACAAUAUGUUAAACACACUUUCCUUGUAUUAUACAACAUACUGUAUAAUACAUGUUAUAUAAUAUAGUUAUGCAUUUUACAUCAAUACAGUCAACUGUGGAAUAAUAUCAUCAAUGAGGUUUUUUUAGUGAUACAGAGAUAAAUGUGUCCAUAUGGCUCACAAAUGGAAAUAUUUGCCUAUUACUACUGUGAAUGGAAAAAUACUUUUAAUUAAUUAUUGAUUUUUAUAAUGCUGCAAAAUACGAGCAUAGGACUUGAUGAGCUUCUGGAUUUGUGAUUCUUUGAUUUUUAUUUCAGGGUUGACAUGUGUUUUUACAAGACUAGACCAGAUGUCUUUAUGAAGUAAUAGUGAUUGCAAAGGCAUUGUAGUGGCCUUCAUAGUCAGAGUCCUGUGCCCAUACGUUUUCAGUUCAUAAUGCUGUAUACAAGCAGAUUAUAGUCUGUAAAGUGUGUGUAAGUGUUUGUGUUCAUAUUUACCUGAGCUGUGGCCUAUAGCUUUUGCCCUAGGGGUGUUGGCUAACUAACCAGGCUCACUCUCUGGAAGGAAGGAGUUUCAUUUUCCACUACUGAGGCUGCCAGUCCUCCCACCCAUGACUGGUAAAAGGACAGUGACUUACCAGUGGUGCUGGGGUUUUCAGCUUCAAAGCAAAGAAUGGAGACAAUGUCCUCAGGAUGGGAGAGGCUGUAGGAAUAUUAUGGUAUGAAGUCCGUAAUUUCUGUUUUUCUGGGUCUCAGCUGUGUUUCUGGGUCUCAGCCAAAUGCACCAAAGAGUGACCUAAGAAAACUCGUUUCUUUGUUUUCAUUUUUUAUUAAGUUCAAAAAUUUUAGAACAUUUAGUUACCAUAAUGAAGAAUGCAAUGAUCCAGAGUCAAGAAAGCUAAGGUGCCUUGAUCUGUAAAGAACACGGCAUUGCUUCACAAAAGACCAGCUGUGAGCAGAACAUCUAAAAUACUUUAGGUAAUUUUACAGUAACUUAUUUAUGGCUUCUCAAGGAAAAAGAGGGCUAAUUUAUCUAUGGUCCCUUUGGAAAAAAACAGCAGUGACUGUAGAAGAACACAGUAAAAUAAAUUGGAAGAUGAUGUUGACUACAACAAGGACUUUUGUUAUUUCUAACAGAUGACAGUUUUCCUAUUCCUUAAUUUCUGUUCUUCAGUGAUACAGGAAAAUAGUAAUGUAAUACUAAUAAUAAUGUAAUGUCUUCAGUUUACAUGAGUUAAAUACACUGUUAAGAGAAUAAAGAAUGUAAUUUGUUGCUACACAAGUUUGUUUUGCAAAGCUGUUAGAAAAUCAGAGAUGGCACAAAAUUUAUUUGUGAGAUACAAUAUGGAAAAAUUUAUAAUAAAAUGACAUUUCACAAUUAAAUUACUUUUACGUGAUUAGAGAGAACAAGAAGUGGCAAUAAUAUACUUCAUAUCUUUUGACUUGUUCCCAUUGUUAAAUAUAAUGUUACCCAAUAGUUUUAUCCUUAGGCUGGCCUCUCCAAUAGUCUCUGCACUGCACACACUUGAACCCACUGAUUGGUUCAACCCCACACUGAGCAUUCAUGCAUGGCUUGUGUGGAGGCUGAAUUUUUUUUUUUUUUUUAAGAAGGAAGAGGAACAAGUGCACUUACCAAUCUAGAAAAUUCUGGGCAUCCAGGAAAGCUGACACAUAACCCCUUUGGCUUCCUCAAACACCUCUCUGGGGCCCUGCAGCACCCCAGUGCUGGAGAGGAUUCGCUGAGGCACUGAUCAAGGGGUGGGUGAAUGGUGGAGACCUGUCCCACCUGAUUUGCUGCUGCCAGGACAGCAGGAUGAUCCGGCUCUGUGGCUGUGUCACCAACACUCCUGUUGUCACAGCUAUGGGUUCUCUCACCAGCUGUGCAAGAAGCCAAUGGAUACAGAGUUGAGAGGUGCAUUUCCCAUGUGUGCAGAGUGGGUGACAGAGCUGGCACAUCUGCAGUGCCUGUAUCCACUUUUAUAUAUCCCAGCCCCUGGAACAACAGUGUUCCCCCUGCAGUCAUUGCCUAUACAUUUUCUUGCCUUCAUUUAAAGGCACACUACUCUUUUAUUUUGCCACCGAUGCUCUAGGGGAAAGUGGCUGAUGGGAUUAUAUUUCACUGUGCUAAUGACUAAAGGUUAGCACAAAAGUCAAGCAAACUUCUUCUUUGGCCUUAUCAGGCAGUUGUUCCUGUGUUAUCUCCUUGUUUAUUGGAUUUAUAGAGCCAUCUUCCUCUGCUUUGCACUCAUUUUGCAGAUUUAUGGAGUCAUCUUUUUCUCACUUCUCCUCGCUGGAGCCUUGUUUCUUGGUUCCUCCUGGCUAUCUUGCAGAGAAUAGAGUCUGUUGCACAUACAGCACUCUCAUCACUCUACCCAGAUCAGAGCACAGUAGCAAAACUGAAUUUCAGUACUUUUUAUCUUACUACUUUGAAUCUAUACUUCUGGUUGCAAAAUUCUGUGUUAGUGUGGCUAAAACAUCAUGUCUCACUUCUGCUUCCUUCUGUGCUUUUCCUAAAGAGUUCUGAGUUGUCUUACUAAGUAUUUUCUCAGUUUGAAGCUUAUUCCAGCUGCUGCUACCAUUUCUAGUUGUGGAAUAAUGCCAUCUGUGAUCUUCUUUUCUCCCCUGGUAAUCUAUUUACAUAUUAUAUAAAUAUUUUUUACUGUGAAGAGAAGCCAGUAAAGAAAAGAUUAGUACAGCAAAAGAGAAGAACAAUGCUAGAAACAGGACUAAGUAAUCCUGCACUUUCUUCUUCCACAAUCAAUGCAUUAAAAUAUUGAAUGAAGAGAUUAAGCUAUUUGAAAGGGAUCUGCCUCAGGUCCCAUCACUUUUGUAACAACAGCUACUAUAAACUGCAGUAACAAACAUUUAUGUCUGGGCUGGAAAGGUCUUUUCACAGUGUUGGUGACAUUUUGCAUGAAAUCCUGACAUUUAACUGUACAGCUUAGCACUAAACACUAAUAGGUGCUCUUAUGAAAAAUACCAUAUUUUUCUCAUUGUCAAUGAAGAAGACAAAAAGGAGGACAAGAAACAAGAUGAACCAAAAUAAACCAAAAACCAAAAAAAAA